AUGAGACAAGCCUGGUGGACUAAGAUAUUCCCCUGCAGUGACCGUGAGUUCAUGCAGCAGCCAAUAGGUCUUGUAGGCUCUAUUCCAUUUGUUCAAAUGUGGAAGUUUGUUAUGUUGUGUAUGCAGAGAAAGCCAUCAGUAAGGAAAGAAAUGCAGUUCUUCAUGGUCUUUAGCCUCUUGAUUACUCUCUGCUGCUGUCAGUGCAAUGAAAGUUUCCCAGGAGGACUUAUUCCUUACGGAGAUGAUUGUGUAGAUGACUGCCUUGAUGGUACCAAAGAGAGAUCAUGUAAUGAUUCACGAAUAGAGUCCGAUGUAACUGAAAAACAGCCAUUGGAUGUAAAUUACACUUUCUACGGUCAAAAUUACUCCAGUGUGUAUAUCUGUGAGAAUGGACUGAUAUCUUUUGAAGAUUGCGAAGAGUUUUGUAAGAACCAAACAGAUUUAAAAGCAUCUUCAGUUCCUGUGAUUGCUGGAAUCUGGCAAGAUAUAUUUCUUUUUCGUUUUUAUUCCAGUGAUGCCACUUAUAAAGUCCCUUAUGCUUAUUACAAGGAAAGAAUGAAUAAUACAGGAUGCUUCAAUGAAAGCAAAAAAAAAGUUGAGGAACAUCUAUGUAAUGGAUUUGGAGAAAGACUGGAUUUUAAUCUAACACACGUGUUUAGUUCAACCUGGCAUGGUAUUGGGAAUACCAGUGGCACUAUCCAGAUUGUCAUAGCAACUGACGAGAACAAGCCAGAUACGUAUGCCUUAUUAAUAUACGAUGAUUGGAAUGUGACUGAGGAGCAGAGAAUGCAAAUUGGAUUCAGUGCAGGUUGUGAUGAGAAAUAUUUUCCAUUGUCGUCUAUUGCUGGUACCAGCAACAUUGGUGUACCUGGAGUUUAUGCAUUUCGAAUUGACCAGAGAGACAUAAUAGACCCAAGCAAAGGAGUUGAUUGUGGAGAUCUCCCUGACCCACAGAAUGGCAAAGUAAAAUACACCUCUACUAUUCUCAAUUCCUUGGCAAACUAUACCUGCACUGCUGACUGUGAUUUUAUGCUCACUCGGGAGUGUCUGCCAGAUGGCAGUUGGUCGGGGAAAGAACCAGAGUGCCCAGAUAUCGUCUGCCGUGGUCUUGAAAAAUGUCAUCCAGAAAAUGGUUGGUUGAGCCUUAUAAGUGGGUCUCAAGGUCUGGUGGCAGAGUACGGCUGUGAACUUGGUUACAUUCCCAACAACACAAGAGACACCAGACACUGCAAGUGUGGGAGCUGGUCUGGAGACGAAAUUCACUGUGUAGAAAUGUGUCCCAAUGUUGGUCAAGAUAAGACUUGUGGUGAACAUUCACUGAUCCUAGCAUGUGAUAGCCGAAAAGACAGAAUCACUAACUCAUCUAUACUACAUCUCAACGGAUCAUAUGAAUUUUUCCAAGAGCCUUUGAGCAGUCUACAGGCAAGCAAGCAACAAAUUCUUAUCCCACCAGUUAAGUCUGUUUCCACAGAGCAUGCUCCCUGCCACGGUCGAACCUUCUACCACUUCCCUGUCAACCCACUGCAUGUGACUUCACAAGACAUUGGGAUCAGUGGAGCAUACAUUCUUAGAAUUGACGAGACACCUGGAGGGAUCCACUGCAACUGUAGCAUUGAUGAGAUUGUGAACCCUGCUAAUGGGGAGGCUGAUAUAAUCAACACUCUGAGAGCAAGUUGGGGAGUAUAUGACUGCAGAAGUGGGUUCUCAUUGACUGGAGACAACCCCCGACAGUGUAUCAAUGGUGUAUGGAUGGGAACAGCCCCUGAAUGCAAAAGAAGAAGCCUAGAGAUGACGUAG